AUGUAUCAGUUCAUCCAACGUGCCAGAAUUCAAACAAGCACUGUGAUGAGAAAGGUGGAGGCGAUACAAGCCUGCGCCCUCGAAGAGACUAGAGAACACAGUCUGGAGGCGGGUCUCCGCUUUCUUCUGAGCCAUUUCUUAUUGAAAAGCUCUAACUACAAUUUAUUUCUUUUCCCAGGACACUUCCCGUUCUCGUCGGAGCUGUGCCUCUUGUGGAUCUCACUGGAUGUUCUCUUCUGCACAGCUUCGAUCAUGCACCUUUGCACACUCUCCGUCGAUCGCUUCCUCUCUCUCAGGUACCCAAUGAAGUUCGGUCGCCACAAGACUCGUCGUCGCGUGGUGCUGAAGAUCGUGUUGGUGUGGUGCUUGUCGCUAGCGGCCUCCUUGCCACUCUCCCUCAUGUACGCCACCGACCCUCACUCCACCAUCGUGGGCGGCGUCUGCCAGAUACCCGUGUCGCUCUUCCAGAUCAUCGGCUCAGUCAUCUGCUUUUACAUCCCACUCACCAUCAUGCUAGUGACGUAUGCGCUCACCGCACGGUUGCUCUCCAAGAAACAGAGUGAGCUCCAGUCAACGGUGCUGGAGUCUUCUUCUGCCUCGCCCUCGCCCAGGUCUGUCCGUUGGAAAAAGCUUCUAUGUAAGACCACUUCCAACCUGAGCACUAGCACGGCUGUGUCCUUGACGGAGGGAGACCUGUCUGAGGGCGGCUGCAGGCUGGAUAGCCGAGGUGAAGAAGGAAAACUGCGAAGAUUCGGCAGUAGUCCUCUCCGCAGGCCUCCCCUUGUCCGCUACACUACUCACCACUAUCGCGCCGCCCUGGUGCGAGGCGGCGGCUGCGGCAUCCGCGGCUACUCCGCCAAGGAGCUGGAAUCUGACUCGACCAGUGCGGGAGAGGAUCGCCUCUUUCCCCCAUUACCCACCAGUCCGGGCUACGAACUGAGUGUGUUCCCUCAGGGACCUUCCUCAGCUCCCACCUCCACCACUACUUCACCCCUACACCGACGUCAACAUGACUCUGACGUAAACAAUGCGCACGCAGACGCCAUCCCUAGUAGUGCUACAGCCGAAGAGGCCAAGCAGCAGCACCCCCAGGAACACACAUCCAAUCCCAAGUGUGAGCAGAAUGGUGAUCCACGGAGGAGAGGAACGUCGGAGUGCGGUGAAGAUUGCGGAGGUGGCGGCGGCGGCGGCGGCGGCGAUAGCAGUAGCAGCGGUGGUCACGUGGCUGUGCCCUGCAGCUGCGCCCCGAGAUUCUUCCUGGAGGACAUCAAGACUUCCGACAGCGAGUGUUCUGACCCGCGACCGCAGGACGUGGCAGCGCCCUACCGAAGCCACCACCACCGCCACCGCCAGUCACAGGACGGGGAGGGGGACGGUUGCUGUCUCUGUCUACCUGGCCGCCGCACCCGCACCCUCCACAACGGUUCCCAGAGGACGGAGGGGCCGCUACCAUCACCUUGGCACGAGGGAAACACAUCGGACCUCGUCACCAGGUCAACCCUCAGGUCCGGUGGUCAGGUCACUACGGUGCUUCACAAGGCGGCUUCCAGUGAAUCCUCGUCCCCGGGUUCGGUACCGUCGAGCACCUCGCGAGGUGUGUGGCGGCAGCGGUCAUGCACAGCAUCCAUUAAAUAUGUAUCUUCCAAGCGUCAUGGACGCAACAUACGCAUGGAGCAGAAAGCUACUAAGGUGCUGGGGGUAGUGUUCUUCACAUUCGUGCUGCUGUGGGCGCCGUUCUUCAUCGCCAACGUUCUCAUCUCCUGCGGCGCCCACAUCGAGGAGGAGAUGAUCAACCUGGUGACCUGGCUAGGCUAUGCCUCCUCCAUGGUCAACCCAUUCUUCUACACGUUCUUCAACAAAACCUUCAGACAGACGUUCCUCAAGAUCAUCAAGUGCCAGAUGAGGAGAAGCAGGAAGUAUCACUUCUGAAGCACUCAGAAGUGAUACUUCAGGCUCCUCGUGUGGACAAUGUGACUCAUUCAUGCUUGUUGAAGGUUAAUGUUCGGAUCGAAAGAAUCUAGAUAAUGUUCCAUAUUAGGAUCGAAGACAUUAAAGCAAUUAACGCUCCAUUUUCAGAUCUAAGAAAUAAAAUUAAUGUUCCAUUUACGGAUCGAAGGAACUAGAUAAUUAAUAUUCCAUGUUAGGAUCGAAGAAUCUAGACAAUCAUUGUUUCAUGCCUGGAGCGAAGAAACAAGAUAAUUAGAUCAAAGAAAGUAGAAAAAUUGAGGAUUCGUGUUUGGAUCAAGAGUGUGUUUAAUUUUCUCCAUUCCUGGAUCAAUGAUCAUCAACUUGGUGCUCAUCAAGAGUUACAAGUGAGAAAUCGUGGAAACUGAUUACUCAGUGGUUGUAAUCUCUAAAUAAUGACGGGAACUGACAUUAAACGGAACUAAUUACCUCUGGUUUGUAUACGUUACUAUUAAUUAUGGGCAGUCGAGAUAAAAUGAACUUCAAUAUCCCAUAUAGCUGUACAUUUAUUCUGUAGAUGUAGAAAUAGAUUUAAUUUAAACUUGCUAUGCCUGUUGGUUGUACAUAAAUGCUGAACAAUAUGACUUUAAAGAUGAACUUAAAGAAGCAC